GCGAGGCAAACGCAGCAUGCGUUUAGCUAAAAGAUGGCGAAAUUCAAAACAUAAAGACAUUAUAGACCUACCAUACGCUUGGGCGUAAAUCAGAACAUGUAUGCCAAUUUGUAUGUAGGCUACCCUUUACAGGGAAAAGGGGAGGAAGUUGCAAGGUUGUAUCCAUAAAUGUAUCAAUGCAACAGCUCUGUGGAACAGCAGGGGGAAACAUUUCUGGAAAAAAAAUGAUUUACAGAGGCGUAAGAACGAGUGAAGGGAGAAAAAGGUUAACUAUUUACUAAAUCGAACAGGUCCGCUAGUCCUGUUUCACAGCCGGCCUGACCGACGCCUAUUCCCGGGGAACAAUCAUCGUAUUCUUCUUCUUCAUUCCCAGAGAGGGAUGGAAAGACAAAAGUAAUGGAUUGAGAGUAGAGAAAUGAGAGGAAACUCGACUGGAAUCCCAAGAUAAAAUAAAUGUUUAAAAAAACCACAAACAAAAAUUCAAGGAAAGAAACUAACAAGAACGCUAGAAGUACAAGUUCGAUAGUCGGAAAUAUUCUCGACCAUUCCUCCUUUGAUCCCUCAUUUCCAUUUUUGUUUUAAAAGACUUUUCGUGAAUAAUGCGGACGAGCGUCGGAGAUACAGAGGCCGGACCAUAAAGAAACAGACACGGACAUUGACUCAUCCGUACUGAAAGGCAACUUGGUUUCUCUUGUACGACGCCAUUGGUACUCAAGAUAAGUUGUACUUGCCAGAAAACUGUGUUUUGUCAGUUUUAUUAACGUAUUUACUCCUCACAACUGCGAGGGACUUCUGAUUCGUACCUGCGUGGAACUUCUGACUGAACCUGCAGGUGAAAAUGUACCUGCAUUUCCAGAUGUCUCCUUGAAGAGCUUCGAGAACAAGCAUGGUGACAUGGCUGAGCGACUGGUUCUGGCAGGAGCGGCUGUGGUUCCCCGAGGGCCUGGGCUGGGCCGACCUCCAGGACCGCGACGGCCGGGUCUACGCCAAGGCGUCCGACCUGUGGGUCACCGUCCCCCUGGCGCUCUGCUUCCUGCUCAUCCGGCAGGUCUUCGAGAGGACGGUGGCCACGCCUCUUGCGUCUCUCCUGGGUGUGAGAGAGAGAGUGCGGCUUCGAGCCGAACACAACCCUUUACUGGAGGCCUACUUCUGUAGCACAAGCAAACACCCCUCACAGAGCUCCAUGGAGAGUUUGAGCAAACAGACGGGCGGCUCGGUGCGCCAGGUCCAGAGGUGGUUCCGCCGUCGCAGGAACCAGGACCGGCCCAACCUGGUCAAGAAGUUCCGGGAGGCCAGCUGGAGAUUUACCUUUUACCUUCUUGCUUUCAUUGCUGGCCUGGCUGCACUCAUUGAUAAACCCUGGCUCUAUGACUUGAAAGAAAUGUGGAGUGGAUUUCCUGUGCUGACCCUCCUGCCCUCGCAGUACUGGUACUACAUGAUAGAGCUGGGGUUCUACGUUUCCCUGCUGUUCAGCGUGGCCACGGACGUCAAGCGCAAAGACUUUAAGGAGCAGAUUGUCCACCAUUUGGCCACCAUCACGCUCAUCAGCUUCUCCUGGUGCGUCAACUACAUCCGGGCGGGGACCCUGAUCAUGCUGACCCACGACGCCGCCGACUACCUGCUGGAGUCAGCAAAGAUGUUUAACUAUGCAGGCUGGAGAAAAACCUGCAACUACAUCUUCAUCCUCUUCGCCGCCAUCUUCAUCAUCACUCGCCUCGUUAUCUUCCCCUUCUGGAUCAUGCACUGUACCUGGGUGUACCCGGUGACCAUAUACCCCCCGUUCUUUGGGUACUACUUCUUCAACGGGCUGCUGCUGGUGCUGCAGUGCCUGCACAUCUUCUGGGCCGUCCUCAUCAUGCGCAUGGCCAUCAAGUUCCUACCGGGAAACAAAAUAGUGGAGGAUGAGAGGAGCGACCGCGACGAGACGGACGAGUCUGAGGAGGAGGAGGACCAGAAAGAGGGACAGGGGAAACCCACCAAAAACGGCCCCGUGCGGAACGGCCAUCCGGCCAUUAACAACAACCACCGCAAGACGGAGUGACCCCCGCCGAGGGGGGGGGGGGGCGCGAGGGGGGGGCGUGGCCAGAGCGCAGGAAGAACUCUCCUCUCUCACAGAGGGAACGGGGCUCCUGUCACACACACACCGAUGAACACUAGACACACACACACACACACGCACUCACUCCCACCGAGACCAACGCAGACAGCCAUCCGCUGACCGGUAGAGAAGCAACACUAAACUCCUGCCUUUUCUGUCUCUGGAGAGGAGGAAGAGGACGAAGAGGAGGAGAGAGGGAUAGCAAAUGCCAUUAGCGUAAUCUGAACUUUUAGUGCCUUUUAACAGUCAGGUUGUGUCCCUUCUUUCUCUGUCUGUUUCUCUCUCUCUCUCUCUUCCCUUCCCCUCUCCUUUUCUCUCCCUGUGCCUGCCCCUGCCCCCCCCCCCACCCCUCAGUCUUAUUCACUAACCCUGUCCCACUGUGAGGUUCGUCCACUGCGUCCACAUCGACUCCCCCCACACACACACACACACAAAAAACACUGAAAGGAAAUAUGUAAGCAAAGAGACUUGAGAAUCGUGUCACCAUUGUGUUCCUGGUCAGUAUUCUGUGUGUGAAGCGCACGUGCGCUGUGAUUGGUCCUGAAACUGACUGCUCGAUGCUGCCUUCUCUGGCCGAGUGCCUGUUUUUGGGGGGUUUUUUCCCUCAAAUUGUGGCAUAAUUGUCACUUUUGCCCUGACUGAACCAUGUUCAGACCACGGGGGAAUGUGUGCCAGUGUUGGGCUGCCACCGCAGAAAAGCAUACAGUACAGUGUCCUCGUAACCCCCCUCCUCCCCUUUGUAACUUGGUUCAGUCCGGCGGAGGCUUCGCUGGUGCUGCCUCCCGUUCCUCGGUGGGCCGCACGCGGAACGCCGGAUGAAUCGUUUCGCGGGUGUUUGAAGCAGCGUAUUUACCGUGCGUAUUUACGGCAUAGGGUAACUCUGAGACUGCACGGCAGUUUGUUUCAUCUAACGUAGCACGCGCCAGUUGUGUUUACCUUUUUUUUUUUUUUUUUGGUUCAAAUUCGAUUUAAAAAAUAAAUCAGCCCAAGAAGAGCCGUUUUAAACGUUUCAAAGGGAGAGUAGAAAACAGCAUGAGCUGUUUUUGCUCUCGUGUGUUUAAAUUUCUGUUUCCGUUAGUCUGUCAAAUGCGAAGUCUUUCCAGGAGCAGGAAAUCGCACUAAAUGAAUGAAUUUAUUUUAAUAUGAUUUUUUUUUUGGGUUUAAUUUUCUGAUGAGAUGUUACUUUGGGUUUUAAUUUGUUUUUUAAACCGAAGAGCCAAAGUCACCCAGAUUGACCAUCUUUCAAUCAUGCGUACCAUUAUUGUCAAAUCCCUUUAAAUUUAGUCCAAUUCAGUACCGAUCGGUUGCAGUAUACUGUAGUCCAGUAUAGUACACCAUGCAGUAUUCUAAUCUAGUACAGUUGAUUUCUUUUACAGUAUUAUCCUGUUCAUAUUGUUAUUUUUGAAUGUGUUGAGUGGCUAGUAAUUGUGGGCCAAAAAAAACUACACAGAAGUGAGUUUCUAGCAAGACUGAGUUGGGUGUUUUUGUGGAGUCCGGUUUUCUUUAUUCUCCCUUUUUUUUUUUUUUUUUUUUUGAAAUGCGGGUUUACAGUUUUAUUUAUGCUGAGCGUUUGGGCAGUGGAUGGAUCCGCUCGCUCUGCUACUUAGCGAAGAGUAACGAAGAGGAAAAAAGAAAAGGCCAAAAUGAGAUUUACGUUAUUAUUUCGUUUGAACUGUUAUUUUAUUUCAUUUCGUAAGUGCCUUAUCCGUGAAAGUGUGGAUCCUGUCUGUGUGUUCCUAAUUCCUCCCUCUUACGCUGCUAAGCGCCUAAUUCUUCCCUUUCUGGUCGUCACUUCCUCAUUACUACUCAUUCUCAUUGGCCCUGCCAAACUCGAUCACCCAAUCACACUCUGUUCUGCUGUGGUCUUUCAUUCCAUUUUGCUCAUAAUUCUAACCAUGGCUGCCACAACCACCCCCCCCUCACCACGAACACCCAUCCCUUUCUUCUUACCUGUUCCAGAAAACAGCAGCUCCCUUAUUGCAAUGUUUUAAUUUUGUAUUUUUUUUUUUUUUGUUAUGAUGCCAAAAUAUAAGAUUCAAAUUAUGACUAUGAAUAA